AUGAAAACUAAGAAAUCGAAAAAAAUUAAAAAUCCAACGUUAAGCGGAAUUAUAAGUGAUACGAUUCAAUCCGAACCCUUGAUCAAUGAUAAAGAAAAUAAAAUUAUCAAAGAUAAUCAAUACUUAAUUUACAAAAACAAAAAUUGGAAGAAAAGUCUCCCUCAACCUAAAUUUUCAACUAUGAGAUCAGGGAAAGCAUUUCAUUCUAAGUGGUCACAAAAAAUGGAAAAUAAAUACGCAUUAUCCAAAGUCAAAGAAAUACAAAAGCAAAUCGAAGGAACAAGAAAAAAAUCAAAAGAAGAUGCUAGAAAAUGUAGAGAAUUAAAUCUUCUGAAGAAGAAAGAAAAUGAACGGAAAGGUGAAGUUGUUCAAAUUAUCAAAGAUACAACCAAAAUUAAAAAAAUGAAAAAGAAGCACUUGAGGAAUAUUGAAAAAAGAGACAUAUUAAAUUAUUGA